AUGGCUUAUGGUGGAAUCCGCGGAGCCGUUUGUUACGGUCUUGUUAUGUCAAUAGAUGAGAAUCUUAUCCCAGCAAAGAAAAUGUUUGUGACCACAACGUUGGCUGUCAUCAUGUUCACUACCGUAGUGCAGGGUACGACAAUCAAAUGCAUUGUAAACCUAUUGAAAGUGAAGAGAAGUAAGAUGUUUGGCAAGCCUGAAGAGAAGAAACGUGUAUUCGACUACAUCCAGAAUGAAAUGAACAAACACGUGAUCGAAUUUGUUGAGAAUUUGACAAAUGUUCACGGAGAGAAUUUGUUGUACCGAAAAAUCCUGGAGCUCGAUCAGACCGUGUUGAAGCCUAGACUUGUCGCAUACUAUAGACCACGGACAGCGAAUAUAAUCGACCGUCAUAUGGAAAUUGAACUUAACGAGUUCGCAAUGUCCGUCAAGAAAGGAGGAGGAUCAUUUUCUGGAUUUCCUACGAAUGCGUCUGUUAGUGAGAUCAAUCUUCCAACGUCGAAAAGCGAGUUAUUUGCUGCUGGAUUCGAUCAGAAUUCUCUCGUUUGUCCAAGCGCACCGCCUGCUAUCUCUGUGCCAACUCCAACUAAACCUCCACCCGCACUGGAGCCGCCCACAAUUGGCAUUCCUAGGAAUGCUUCAGUAACUGGCCUCGUUGCGAAAGUGUUUGAGACUAGCGAACAACAGAGAAAUCUUGCUCGUAAUAAGGUAGCACUUUACUGGAUGACAGAGCUUGUCACAUACUAA